AUGAAGAAACAAUACUUUUUCUAUAAUUCAAAGAUAUUUAAUAACACAUCUAGUCGACAUUCCGUAUUAAUCAACAUUACAUGAAAAUAGCAAUUUGUAGCUUUCUAUAAGUUAAACCUGCUAUUUAUACUAUAAUUCACUGUCUAGAUAGAAGAAAGAAAAAAAAUGCUGCAAGCUAUGUCAACUCCUGGAGUAAAAUUACAUAUUGAAGAUCAACAUGUGGUGUUAGAUAAUGGGAUUCUUCAAGUUACGCUAUCGAAUCCAGGAGGAAUAGUCACGGGAAUACGAUACAAUAAGAUUGACAAUUUGCUUGAAGUUCUUGAUGAUGAAGUUAAUAGAGGGUUCUGGGACCUUGUUUGGAGUCCAGCAGGAAGUACAGGGACUACAGGAACUUUUGAUGUAUUUGAAGGCACAAGUUUGAAUGUCAUAGUGGAAAAUGAAGAACAGGUAGAAAUCUCCUUCACAAGAAAAUGGGAUCCAUCACUUGAAGGCAAACUUGUUUCUCUGAAUUUAGACAAAAGGUUUAUAAUGCUACGGAAUUCUUCAGGAUUUUACUCCUAUGCUAUUUUUGAGCACUUGGCAGAAUGGCCUCCUUUCAACCUUCCACAAACUAGAAUUGUAUUUAAGCUAAGAAAAGACAAAUUUCAAUACAUGACCAUAGCAGACAACAGGCAGAGAUUCAUGCCUCUUCCUGAUGACCGGUUACCUGAAAGAGGCCAGCCCCUAGAUUUUCCAGAAGCUGUCUUGCUUGUCGACCCUGUAGAGCCUGAAUUCAAAGGAGAGGUAGAUGAUAAGUAUGAAUAUUCAUUAGAGAACAAAGAUCUGAAAGUUCAUGGUUGGAUAUGCUUUGAUCCGCCUGUCGGGUUCUGGCAAAUCACACCAAGCAGUGAGUUCCGGUCUGGUGGACCACUCAAACAGAACCUUACUUCUCAUGUUGGCCCUUAUAAUCUUGCAAUGUUUCUUAGUGCUCAUUAUUCUGGAGAAGAUCUGGUGUUGAAACUGAAUCCGGGUGAGCCAUGGAAGAAAGUUUUCGGACCGGUUUUUAUGUAUGUUAAUUCUGCUGAGCAUAUAGAAGAUGCAUAUUCACUAUGGAAUGAUGCUAAAGAACAGAUGUCAAAAGAAGUCCAAAGUUGGCCGUACAGCUUUCCAGCUUCAGAGGAUUUUUCACAUUCUGAACAAAGGGGUCAAAUUAGGGGUAGAUUACAGGUCCAUGACAGGUAUGUCAGCCCUGAGAGUAUAUCAGCAAAUGGUGCUUCUGUUGGCCUAGCAGCACCAGGAGAUGUCGGAUCAUGGCAAAGAGAAUGCAAGGGUUACCAAUUCUGGACAAAUGCAGAUAUAGAUGGCUUCUUUUGCAUUAAUAACAUUCGUCCCGGCAACUAUAAUCUUUAUGCAUGGGUUCCUGGUUUCAUUGGGGAUUACCGUAAUGAUAAUAUCAUUCACAUCACUCCAGGUUGUGACAUCAAUGUUGGUGAUCUUGUAUAUGAGCCUCCAAGAGAUGGUCCAACAUUGUGGGAAAUAGGCAUUCCUGAUCGGACCGCUGCAGAAUUUUACAUUCCUGACCCUAAUCCAAAGUACAUCAAUAAACUUUACGUCAAUCAUCCUGACAGGUUUAGGCAAUAUGGGUUGUGGGAAAGGUAUGCAGAUCUGUACCCUGAAGAAGACUUGGUUUACACUGUUGGGGUUAGUGAUUACAGGAAGGAUUGGUUUUUUGCUCAAGUGAACAGGAAAAAUGACAAUGGCACGUAUCAAGGAACUACAUGGCAAAUCAAGUUCGAACUUGACAAUUUGGAUGAGAAUGGAACAUAUAAGCUACGGUUGGCGCUAGCAACUGCCAAUGUUGCAGAAUUACAAGUUCGGGUCAAUGAUGCAAAAGUGGAUCCUCCACUGUUUUCGACGGGAGAAAUUGGACAUGACAACACAAUAGCAAGACAUGGAAUUCAUGGCCUCUACCGGCUUUAUAGUGUAGAAGUGCCAGGCAAUCAGCUUGUGGAAGGACGGAAUUCAAUUUUCCUGUCUCAAACUAUUAGCACAAGUCCUGUUCAGGGCAUCAUGUAUGACUAUAUUCGCUUAGAAGGACCUCCGGUUUCGGGUUCCUGAAAGCAAUGAAUCAUGGUACAAUUACACAAGUAUAUACAUGGUUCUGUAAUAUUUAUUUUCUCGCUAUGUCUUGCACCGAAAUAGCAAAUAAAGGUGUGUUUCUGAAAUAAUAAUGGCAAAUAUAAUGAUAAGUUUAUUGUUA